GUGACGUGAUGUCGUGAGAGAGCCCGUGGCGGGUUGCGGCUCCGGGUGGCCUCACUCCUCACUCCUCAGUCGGCGAGAGUCGGUGCGCGCGAGUGGUCGCGGAGUGGACGCGGACGAGUGAAGCGGCGCGGCCGCUGAGUGUGAUGCGAGCGCGCCGCCCGCCAUGGCCACGCUCGGCCUCUCCAAGGUGUUCAUCCUCGACAAGUACUUCACCGAACUGCAGAAGUUCUGGGAGACGGAGAAAAAGCUGCAAGACGCGUCUUCAUCGAACGAGGCGGUUCACUUGCAGCGGCGACUGUUGAGCCUCAGCUCGGAGCUGGUGACGCUCCGCAACCAUCUACACGUGGGUGGCCAAUCGGGUGGAGGGCAGGCCCAACCCACCGCAAGCCCGCAGCCCGCGGUGCCACCACGGGCGCCGCUACUGCUGCCCCCUCUUCAGCCGCCACCGCCACCACCAGAGGUGAGAUGGCGCGGAGGCAGCGGCGCCGGCGAUGUCGACGACCUCGUCCACCUUCGGGGACCGCUCACCGAGGACGCCAUCGUGAGGGCGCUGCAGACCAGGUUCUACCAAAAUAAGUUCUACACGUCGGUGGGGCCAAUCGUGGUGGCGCUCAAUGCGUACGGCGACGCCGCCAACGCACUCACGCCGGCUGCGGCGCGCGCGCAACGUCCCGAGCUCACCCGGCUGGUGCGCGACGCUGUGCGUCACCAAGCAGAUUCGGGUUGCCCGCAGGCGAUCAUCCUUUCCGGAGUGUCAGGGUCGGGAAAAACGUAUGCUUCCAUGGUGCUGCUCCGGCGGCUGUUCGACGCCGCCGGGGGUGGACCCGAGACGGACGCCUUUAAACACCUCGCUGCCGCUUUUACCGUAUUGCGCGCCCUGGGAACGGCUGCGACGCGCGCCAACGCGCAUUCGACGCGCAUCGGUCACUUUAUCGAGGUGCAGGUCACCGACGGUGCGCUGUACCGCACCAAGAUACACUGCUACUUCUUAGACCAGACGCGCGUGGUGCGGCCUCCUGCCGGCGAGCGCAACUACCACGUCUUCUAUCACAUGUUGGCCGGCCUCGCGGCCGACGAGCGCGCCCGUCUGCACCUUGACGGCCUCACGUCUUCCGACCUACGAUACCUCGCGCCCGCCUUACCGGCGCGUCCUCGCGCCGAUGCCCCCGACGAGGACGCGGCGCGCUUCCAGGCUUGGCGCGGUUGUCUCGGCGUGCUCGGCAUCCCCUUUUUAGACGUGGUACGCGUGCUCGCCGCCGUGCUGCUCCUCGGAAAUCUCGUCUUCGUCGAGAGUUCGGACGGCGGCGCCGAAGUGGGUGACGACGCGACAUUGGCGGCGGUGAGCGCGCUGCUGGGCGUCGGCGCCGCUGCUCUCGCGCGAGGCUUGGCAACGCGGAGCGCUGCCCGAGGCCGAGUGCGCACGCCGGCGACGGCGGCCGCCGCCUCGCUGGCGCGCGAUUCGUUGGCGAAGGCCCUCUACUGCCGGACGGUGGCCACAAUAGUGCGGCGCGCCAACUCACUGAAGCGGCCGGGUUCGACGUUGGGCACGCUGUCGUCCGACUCUAACGAGUCUGUGCACCAGGAUGCUGCGUCACGCCGCGCGUCGACGGCCGGUAGCGGCGCGCGGGGUCGAGCGGGCGCGCGCUCAAUGGCCGUGCUCAACGAUGCGGUGCGUCACGCCACCGACGGCUUCGUGGGCAUUCUCGACAUGUUUGGCUUCGAAGACGCUGCGCCCUCCCGCCUCGAGCACCUCUGCACCAACCUGUGCGCAGAGACCAUGCAGCAUUUCUACAACACCCACGUCUUCAAGUCGAGCGCAGAGUCGUGCCGCGAAGAGGGCGUGACGGGUGCUCUGGAGGUAGAGUAUGCUGACAACGUGCCGUGCAUCGACCUAUUGUCUUCGCUGCGCAGCGGGCUGCUGGCGGCGCUCGACGCCGAAUGCGCCGCCCGCGGCUCGGCCGAGCAAUACGUGGCCCGCGUACGAGCGGCACAUCCGCGCCUCGGCGACGCGCGGCCGCCGCACCCGCGCCGCUUCACCGUGCGCCACUACGCUGGCGAAGUGGUCUACGACGCCGCUGACUUUCUCGAGGCCAACCGCGACGCGGUUCCGGACGACCUGUUAGCCGUCUUCGACACUCGUGCUUGCGAGUUCGGGUUCGCCACCCACUUGUUUGGGGCUGAACUGAAGGCGCUGGCGUCGGCCGGCGGACCGGCGGGCUCCGCUUUCCGCGCGUCUCCCACGGCGGCCGGUGGUGCUUCGGGCGGUUCCACGCUAACGCAAGACUUUCACACGCGCUUAGACAAUCUACUGCGCACGCUCGUGCACGCCAGGCCUCAUUUCGUGCGCUGUCUACGCGCCAACGCCACCGAGACGCCCGUGCUCUUUGAUCGAGCCACCGUAGCCUCACAGGUGAGAGCGCUACAGAUAUUGGAGACGGUGCAGCUGAUGGCGAACGGAUUCCCGCACCGCAUGCGAUUCCGAGCCUUCUGCGGGCGAUACUGCGGGCUGGGGGCCCGAGGGAAGGAUACUGCCGCCGAUAGCGGAGAAGCGUCGUGCGCGCGCGUCUUACGCGUCGCCACCGCAGCCGCGCCGCCUCCGUCGCACUCGCCUGCCGCCAUCCGCUGGGCCAUAGGCAAGCGACACGUGUUCCUCAGCGAGGGCAUGCGACAGGUGUUGGAGCGUAUGCGGCGCGCCCGGCGUCAGGCGGCGGCUCGCUGCAUCCAGACCGCGUGGCGGCGCCAUCGCGCCAUGUGUCCCGACGCCCCCGUCCGACCCCGACCGGCUCCAAUCGCCGGCACCCCGCCGCCGGACUCCAAGUGCGACCCCGCCCUCGUCAAGAAGACCUGCUCGCUCUUCGGCCUCGAUUUGGAGCGACCUCCGCCGCUACCUCCGUCCCGCGCCUACACCGUGUCCAACGGCGUGAAACUGGGCUAUCCGCAACAACGCACCGUGGCUACGGACUGGGACGAGGCCGGCGUGCGCCUUCGCGCCGGAGAAGCCGUGCUGGCUCUGGGCGCCGCGUCCCGCGGGCGCGUGUCGGUGCAGGUGGGCGGGCGCACGGUAUCGGUGCCGCACUCGCUGCUCUCGCCGCCCCGCGCCUCUCGACCAGCCCCGCCCCCGCCUCCACCGCCUUAGCCUGGUCGUCGCGAGAAGAGCGGCUCGAGUAUUAAUGACCGUGUGCUUCUAUAGACUGUGGAAAGUGAAAAUGACAUCACAUACGAGUUGACCGAAUACGAGUCUACUUAAUGUGUGACAAUUUGUUUAAUUGUGUACCUAUAGUGUAAUUUAUGACUAUCAGUAUUUACAUAUUACCAUAAUACAGGAUAACGAUCGCUAGGUGAGAGUCCGAUAAAGGUACGCGUGACGCAUGCAGCUGUGCCUCGUAAAAUGGUAUUUUCUGUUUCCGUCGCGCCCCGCCAAUGCUAAUUGGCCUGCUGCCACCUCUCGCACCCUCCGUCUCGUAAGCUUGCCAAUAAGAGUCUGAUACAUUGUAAGUUGUACGGAGAAAGUUAUUAUAUCUAUAAAUAAAAGUGUAUAUUCAAA